UUUUCCUCUCUCCUGUUCUUUUUUUUUUCUCUCUCUCGCUUCUCUUUUCCUGCUGAGCGACGGCAAAACUGAGCUUUUACACGUCUGUUUAGCUGUGUUCAGCCUAAAAGUCUUUUUUUCCCAACGUCAUUGCUUCCCUUUUUUUGCGCUCUGGAGUCAAAAGAGCGCUAAAUCGUUUAACGCAGCAGCAGCAGCAGUAUCAGCACCAGCACCAUCAUCAUCGCUGAAAGAAUAGCAUCGCUCAUGUGGCUACACAGAUCCACAAGACUUACGACCUCGUUUAUGAUCUGCCAUCUGACAACCUGCCAGCCCUUCAAGAUUUUGGUACCAAACUCAUUGUGAUCCAACUGAUUAGCAAAGGGUUCAGCAAUGGUAGAUAUAUCUUUGAGUACUUGGCCUGACUUUAAAAAGUUUGACUAGAAAUGAUUUUUCUAAGCAGUCAGUCUGGAGCUGACUGAUUAAAUAUGGGAUGUGCUUCGGCUAAGCAUGUAUCUACAGUGCAAAGCGAUGAAGAUGCCCAAAAUGGCAAGAGCUACCAAAAUGGGGAUGCCUUCUGUGAUGAAUACAGGAUCAAACCAGUUGAAGAAGUCAAGUAUAUGAAAAAUGGGGAAGAGGAAGAGCAAAAAAUCGUUCAGAAGAAUCAGGAAAAUUUGGAGAAAAGUGCCACUCAUAAUGUUCGACCUAGAAAUAACACUGAAGCUCCGGAACCAGGGCACCAACAUCGAAUAAACAUACACAUCUCUGAAAGUCAACAGGAGUUUUUCAGGAUGCUGGAUGAAAAAAUUGAAAAGGGUCGUGAUUAUUGCUCAGAAGAGGAGGACAUUACAUGAGUAUCAUCUCCUGUAGAGAGUGUAAAUAUCUUUUAUGAUGUACUACCCACUGGAUAUUUUCUACCAAAUAACCUAUGACAAAGAGAUCUCAAAUCAUAAGGCAGCAAAAUACAAUGUGUCAAAGUGAACUGUUGUAAAGUUCUUCUAAUGAAGACUACAUUACUGUAUCUAGAAAAUGCUUAUAAUUCUCAACAACAUGGCUGCUUGACAUCUGAAAAAAGCUGACAUACUGUAGCAGGAGAUUUUUAUGCUUCCAGAUUGUUUUUUAGAUCCUUUUAGCCAAGCGAACAGUAAGAGGGCACUGAACUGCUUGAGAGAUUUCAGGUGGUAGAAGUGAUGCUAUUCACUUGGUAGCCGUUUGAGGAUGCCUGACUAAUCUGUCUUCUCCCAUUAUAAAUUCAGUCUGCAGUUCGUUGCACAUAUUGGUGUCCAUUUAAAUAUUUUUCGCCAUUUUAUAUAUUUUUUUAUUUUACUAAAUAAACAUUUGUGUUUUA